AUUUGGAGAGUGGGUUGUCGUGGUGGAGUUCCUGCUAAAUCGACAGUGUAGAUGGAAGCCGCCGAGCUGUGCUUCGAUGAUGCGCAUCGAGGAUGGUUGGUACUAGACACACCUACCUGAACUUUCUUAAGAAAAGCCCUAUCGCAACAACAUCUGAAGUUUAUAAUAAGCUGAUUCCUUCCCCUACAUACCUACAAACACCGUCUCAAAUUCGUCUCUUGCAAGUCAAUGGGCCCCCUCGAACACCACGAACAAGAGCACUCACUGUGAGGAUAGAGAGCGUCGUGCCAUUCCAGCGGGGCCCAGCUCCUGAAACGGCAGGCGGUCGCGUUGACCGCCUCCGGGACCCAGCAAGCUGCCGCAGCUGUCGCUAAAAUUUCCAGGCUGCUUCAGGCUCUGACGUCUUGCUCGGUGGAAACAAGCAACGGCGGAGAUUCUCUCGCCUUGGGACCCGCCGCUCGAAUCCAAACCUCCAGGGCAGCAUCGCCUCGCCAUGGCCGGCAAGAAGAAGUCGAAAAAGCCCGCGGCGAACCCUGCGCGCGGGUUCGCUACCACCUCGAUCGCAUCGAAGCCCAGAGUCGACCCCGCUGAAGCUCCGGGUGUUAAUGCCCCGGCCGGCAAAGCCAACGACGCCGCCGCCGCCGCCGCCCCGCCGACGGGCGAUGCCCCGCACGCAGCCAACACCAACACCAAAGCCGAGGAGAAAACGCCAGCCAAGGACCUGAGCCCCGAGGAAUUCGAGCGGCAGCUGGAAGAGUCGGCAUUGCAGUAUCUAGUGGAGAAGUUCGCGCAGAAAGUGAGGCGGGAUGCGCAGCGACAGAAGACCCGGCUCGAAACAGACCGGCGCCUCUUGCGGGGGGCGGCCGAGAACAUCAACACAAGAAGAUGGCUUCCGCCGGAGCUAAUGGAGCAUGUCCUAGAUAUUAUCAAGGCAGAAGGCCGGUUUGCAGCCUCCAGCAUAUCCUCAGAGGGCGGAGCUAGUAAAUUGCCUCCGGAGGAAGACCUCGUCAUCAAGCUAUGGACGUUGCAGGAGACCUUGCAGAACUCUGGGUUCUCGGAGGAGAGGAUACAGCCGGCGCUGCAGUUUGUUUUGGAUAUUGCGCCCAAUAUUCCUCCCAGUCCCAGGAGCGAAUUUAUCUGGGGGCUUGAAGAGGUGCUCGACUGGUUUGCGAGAGAGUGUCCCAGGGAAGAGCUGCCCGAUUAUUCGGGGCGGAGAGUAGGGCCCAAGUCGCAAGCAGACACCCCAGCAGAAACACCCUCGAGAUCGGGGACGCCCUUCGAAAUCGACCCCAAACUCGGAACAAAGAAGAAGGGCGCCGCAGCCCACCGGUCUCGGCCCGCGUCACCAACAAAACGGCCAGCCGUUAUAUUUGACGAAGACAUCGAACCAGAUCAACUACUGCCGUUUUAUCUCGACACUAAGACGAAACUGUUUCAGAUCCAGCGACCGCGGCAGGACGCAGCCAAGGGCAGGGGUGCGAGGGACAAGCCCAAGAGCUCCAAUGACCCGGAAGAGGCGUUGUUACUUGCAAAGCUCGACAGAGUCGAAAAGGACGUCCUGUUCGACAAAUACGUAGCUGAGCAGCAAUGGAGGGCGAAGAAGGUCGCCCUGGAGAAGGAGUAUGCCGCGGCAAAGGCCGAAGAAAAGAAGAAAGAGCCGCCGGAAGCGCCAUCCCCGGCAAACGAGUCGGACGAAAUCAACGCGGAAGCUGAGCGCAUCGCAGCAGAGAUUCUUGCUGAAGAGGACGAUGACCAGGCACUGGCGGACUUAUUCUCCAGCCUGCCUGUCAGCGAGGUUGAUCCCGUGACUGGCAAGACCAAUACGGUGGUCAACGGAGUCGACGGAUCCAAGAUCACAGUCCGCGACUUUGGGAAAUGGACCGGAGUGACUCCGAUGCGGGCGUUGGAAGAAGCCUGCCGCUCAAGGGACUCUUCGGUGAGGAUAUCGUACCAUCUGUUGUCCGACGUCGCCUUUGCGAACCGCCACGCGGUCAAUAUCGUCUGGUCCAAGCCGCAGGAAAUCCCACCCGCCCCUGAGACGUCCGACCUUGAAACAUUCACAUCACCCACGCAGUUCGUCUACAAGAUGAUAUCGAUUGCUACUCCCGAUGCGAAGCAGUCCGAGGCCUACAUAGCGACCACGGCCUUGUUCUUCGUUUUCGGGACCUCGGCCAAGGACGAGAAGGUCGCCAUGAGAUUGCCGCCGACCUGGAAGGACUUAUGGUCAGAGUUUGCGGAAGCGAGGAAGAGCAAGGCUGAUGAGCAGGACCGGGAGAUUGUGCGGCAUCUGCGGGACCUCGUGCGCAGAAGAGUGGAGCAGGAGCUCGAAGAUGGCGUGCUCAUCCAGGGCUUCAAGGGACGGGGGCAGUCCCGGAACCAGACGGACUCGGAACAGUCCGACCAAGAACGGACGAAGCGGGAUCCGUACGGGCCCGAGUACUACCAAAACAUCUGGCUGCAGAAGAGCAGCUCUCCUAAGUUUCAGCAGAUGCUGGUAUCGCGCAUGCAACUGCCCAUGUGGCAGUUCCGGCAACAGGUGGUUGACAUCGUUGACCAGAACCAGGUGGUCAUCAUCUGCGGUGAGACCGGAUGCGGCAAGAGUACGCAGGUACCGUCGUUCCUCCUUGAGCAUCAGCUGCUGCAGGGCAAACCAUGUAAGAUCUACUGCACGGAGCCGCGACGUAUCUCGGCGAUAUCGCUAGCUCGCCGGGUGAGCGAGGAACUGGGUGAGAACAAGGGAGAUCUCGGCACAAGCAGGUCGCUGGUCGGCUACUCUAUCCGCCUUGAAUCCAACACUGCGAGGGAAACGCGCCUUGUCUACGCCACGACCGGUAUCGUUAUGCGCAUGCUGGAGGGAUCCAACGACUUACAGGAGAUCACCCACCUGGUGCUCGACGAAGUUCACGAGCGCUCCAUCGACAGCGACUUCCUGCUCAUCGUGCUGAAGAAGCUGCUGGCGCGGAGAAAAGACCUCAAGGUAGUGCUCAUGUCCGCCACAGUCGAUGCGGAACGGUUUUCCAAAUACCUCAGCGGCGCCCCGGUCUUGACGGUUCCGGGCCGGACUUUCCCUGUCCGCGUCGCAUACCUGGAGGAUGCAGUUGAGCUCACGGGGUACACGGUCGAUCAGCGGAACCAAGAGAAGCUCACCGACCUGGACGACGACGUGGAGCCGGAGGUGGACACCUCGUCGAAGCCGGAAUUACUCAAGGAGCUCAGGCAGUACUCGGCGCGCACGCGGAACACGCUUGCCCAGAUGGACGAGUACCGGAUCGAGUAUGAUCUUGUGGUGCAGCUGAUCUCGAGGAUAGCGGUCGACCCAGAGUAUGCUCCGUACAGCAAGGCCAUUCUCGUCUUCCUUCCCGGCAUUGCAGAGAUCCGCACGCUCAACGACAUGCUGCUUGGGGACCGCUUCUUCGCCGACAGCUGGCUCGUGUAUCCGCUGCACUCUACCAUCGCGACCGAGGAACAGGAGGCAGCAUUCCUCAUACCACCGCCAGGCAUGCGCAAGAUCGUGUUAGCCACCAACAUUGCGGAGACAGGUAUCACCAUCCCCGACGUAACGUGCGUCAUCGACACGGGCAAGCACCGGGAGAUGCGGUUCGACGAGCGGAGGCAGCUGUCGCGCCUCGUCGACUCGUUCAUUUCUCGCGCCAACGCGAAGCAGCGCCGGGGUCGCGCCGGUCGUGUUCAGGAGGGCCUGUGCUUCCAUCUGUUCACGAAAUACCGCCAUGACACAUCUAUGAACGACCAGCAAACACCGGAGAUGCUGCGUCUGUCGUUGCAAGACUUGGCCAUCCGGGUCAAGAUCUGCAAGAUCGGCGGCAUCGAGGAGACGCUGAGCCAGGCGUUAGACCCGCCCUCUGCGAAGAACAUCCGCCGGGCCAUCGAUGCCCUUGUCGAUGUCCGCGCCCUGACGGCCACGACCGAAGAGCUUACGCCGCUUGGACUCCAACUCGCCCGCUUGCCGCUCGACGUCUUCCUGGGCAAGCUCAUCCUCCUCGGGGCGGUGUUCAAGUGCUUGGAUAUGGCCAUUACCGUCGCCGCCAUCUUGUCAUCCAAGUCGCCCUUCGUGGCCCCCUUUGGCCAGCGGAACCAGGCCGAUACCAUUCGACGGGGCUUCCGCAAGGGCGAUUCCGAUCUCCUGACCGUCUACAACGCCUACCUCGCGUGGAAGCGUGUGUGCCAGUCGGCCAAGGGCGGCGGCGCCGAGUUCCAGUUCUGCCGCAAGAACUUCCUCUCGCCCCAGACGCUAGCCAACAUUGAGGAUCUCAAGGGCCAGCUGCUCGUCGCGGUCGCGGACUCCGGCUUCCUCCAGCUCACCGCCGAGGAGCGGCAGACGCUAAACAGGCUGCGCUUCAGCGGCAGGCGGCGCCACCAAGCCUUCUUCGAAGUCCCCAAGCGCGUCGACAGCAACAGCGACAACGAGGUCGUCGCCCAGUCCGUCAUCGCCUGGAGCUUCUACCCGAAACUGCUCGUCCGCGACACCGGCAGCAAGGGGUUGCGGAACAUCGGCAAUAACCAGUCCAUCAGCCUGCACCCGAGCAGCGUGAACAAGGGGUACAACGACCUGCGCUGGUUGAGUUACUACCACAUUAUGCAGUCCAAAGCAUUCUACAACGCGCACGAAACAACCGCCGUCGACCCCUUCGCCAUCGCCCUCCUCUGCGGCGACGCCCGUGCCGACAUGUAUGCCGGCGUGAUCGUGCUCGACGGCAACCGCGCCCGCUUCGCCGUCCCCGACUGGAAGACGAUGCUGGUCAUGAAGGUGCUGCGCGCGCGCCUGCGCGAGAUGCUCACCCGCUGCUUCAAGAGCCCCGGCAAGCUGCCCACCGCGCAGCACGAGCGCUGGCUCGAGGUGUGGCAGCGCGUGUUUGCGCUCGCGCAGGAGAAUCGGGAGAAGGCCGCCAUCGCCGCGGCCGGAGCUCUGGGGAAUGGGAAUGGGAACGGGAAUGGGAAUGGGGUUGGUGGUGGGGAGCGCUAGGUGCGUUCUUCCUACGCCCAUGCUUCGGCGAGGUCUGUGGUGGAUUGCGGCUGGGGUCUGUCCUUCCGUUGAGGUGGUCUGGAUUCUGGAAGGGGGCGGGACCUAGAUAGUAGAGGGGUUUCGGCGCGUCGGGUCGGAUGUGAGCGGGUAGGUUGGGGUGAGGUGAAAAAGGAGGGUAGAUUUGGUUCGCGUGGUGUUACCUAAACCGGUAUUAGAGCGUAAGACGGGGAGGACUGCAAUAGAAGCGUUUCUUUCCGAUAGGGUGUGCCAUCUCGAAGGAUAUAUGGUGGUGGUAAUAGAGAGAUAAUAUACCUCGGUCUUAUACCAGGGGAUCUGUCAUCCGUAUGUCGCGUAGAUUUGUCAAGUUCAUUCCCAGUCUGAAUCACCAAGUUGCACGAUCAGUGCACAGUAUAAUAUCAUACAGUUCGUUGCCAG